GAGCGGCAGCGAAGCAGAGGGACCAGAUUCGCAUAGAGUCAUCUAAGUGAGGUGUUAUUAAGUAGAUACACUGGGAGCUCCCGGAGCGCAGCGAGCUAUUCGCACUGUCUCCAGGGCUUUUUGCAGAAUUGCACUCCUUGAGCCUCCGUGUCUUUGUUCCUCUUUUAUUUUUGUUGUUUCGUUGAUAAAGUCGCCCUGUCUGGCGCUGGUUCCGAGUCGAGCCUUUUGUAGUUUUCAGGCGGAUUGGUUAUGACUAUGGAGAUCGCGGCUGCUGUGGGUUUUGUCAGCAGACUCCUGCGCAACACGGGCGUAGUGAGCCCAGGUCAGCUACAAAUAUUCAGCCACUCACUACAGGACGCCUUGGCAGAGCACUACAGGCAUCAUUGGUUUCCAGACAAACCAUGCAAAGGCUCAGGUUACCGGUGUAUCCGAAUAAACCAUAAAAUGGACCCCCUGAUUGGAAAAGCUGCCAACAGAAUAGGGCUCAGCAGCCAGCAGCUGUUCAGACUCCUUCCCAGUGAGCUGACUCUAUGGGUUGACCCCUAUGAGGUUUCCUACCGCAUAGGUGAAGAUGGUUCCAUUUGUGUCCUGUAUGAAGCACCGCCAGCCAAUAACCUGGGGAUGUUGACCUGUAAAAACGAGCUGAUCAUGGGCAGAACCAGCCCUUCCAAAAACUACUGGAUGGCAGUUUCAAGCUGAAAGGCACUUUACUGCAACUGAGCAAUAUAUAUACCUUAAGUGGAGUUUUUUCUCUAAUGUGGCUUUUAGUUUAAAAAAAACUUGGCCCUUUAUGGGUUCCUUUUUUAAAAACAUCAGCCUAAACAAGUGUAUUUUAAACUAUAUAAUUUAGUUGUCUGGAUGGGGAAUUUCCAAAGGAGCAUCACCUGGGAUGUAAUCCUCUGAUGAAAUUAUUCCAAAUUUGUAAUAGUUUCAUGAGUGGGUUGUGCAGAGAAAGUAACCAAAACUACUUUAGCUGAAUAAAUUUGUAUUCUUUAUGUUGAGGAUAGAAUUUUAUUCACUCAUCACAUGGUUGGUGCCUAAUCAAUGUUUUUAUAUUUUGAAACUCUAACGUUGAGCGUUGGAAACAACUAAAAGCACUGAAAAUGAAGAACACUUUAAAGAUUUCUGACAAAGGAUUACAACCAUGAUAUAUUUUGAUCACAAGACAAAAGUAAGCUGUUUUGAAUCUUUGAAAAAAAUUUAAUGUCAACAUUGCUGGCUUAGAAGUCUGUAUGACAUUGUCUGCUUCUCCCUCAAAGCAGAACAUGAAAUCAGACUUGUAAAAGCUUUUUGUUCUAGCUUUUUGACUUGUGUAACUCAGUAUUGACCUAAAAGGUGAAAUACACUUUUUACAUAUCUCAUGUUUUAAGGGACACUGCCUUUUGGAUUAAGCUGUGAAUUGAUUCCUGUAGCUUAUUGUAAAACUGACAAUUUUUUUGUAACUCUGCAAAACCCCUUCAAGCGCUGGGGGAAAAUCACUUUUGGUAGCAUAUUGUGCAAAUCUAGAUAGUUUUGUCUGUACAUAGUCUCUUUUUUGACAGUCUGUAAGCUAUGUGAAUCUCAACUGUUGUACAUUUUUCUUAAAUAUUGUACAGCUGUAUUGAAGAAACUGUACAGUUUUCUAUUAAGUUUUAAUUAAAGCAUACUUUUCAAUGGAAA